CUCACUUCCUUCCCUUGGUGCAAGUGAGUGAGUGAGUAAGUGAGUGCGUGCAGGGGAGCAGCAUCGGCAGCCAUGUUGGCAAAGCAAAGCAAAGCCUUGCACAAGCCCCCUGCCCUCCUCGCUGCUUUCAAUUUCUCCCGGAGCUGCUAUCACUCCUUCGGUCUUCCUUUCUUUCUUUCUCGUGGCUUCGCUGCUGUCUGCCAAGCGGCCUUGCUGUUUGUUGCCUGGAGGCCUUCCUCACUCUCCCCCCCUCCCCCCCCUUUUUAUAUGCUGCUACUGCGUCACUCCCGCUUGCAUCUGCACUCUGUGGUUCGUAGUUUGGAUACCUGCUGCCCGGCGCUUGCUUGGCGUCGCGUUUGGAGUUCCUCCGCCAUGGCUUUGGAGGUGUUGGACACGCAGGUGGGCAUCAUCGGGUCUGGCCCUGCCGCGCACACGGCUGCUGUGUAUUGCGCCCGCGCGGAGCUUCAUCCCGUGAUGCUUGAGGGAUGGCUUGCUAAUGGUAUUGCGGCGGGCGGCCAGUUGACAACGACGACGGACGUGGAAAAUUUUCCAGGGUUUCCCGAUGGCAUUCUGGGAUCGGAAUUGACGGAUAAGUUUCGGGCACAGAGCAUCCGGUUCGGCACGCGUGUGUUUUCGGAGACGGUGAAUCGGGUGGACUUCUCGUCGCGUCCAUUCAAGCUGUUCACGGACAACAAGGAAAUUCGCGCUCAGUCUGUGAUCGUCGCGACGGGCGCGGUUGCGAAGCGGUUGGAUUUUCCAGGGUCCGGGGAGGAGUCCGGGUACUGGAACAGGGGCAUAUCGGCGUGUGCUGUGUGCGACGGGGCUGCCCCCAUCUUCCGAAAUAAGCCGCUGGCUGUGAUAGGCGGUGGCGACUCGGCGAUGGAGGAGGCCAACUUUUUGACGAAGUACGCGUCGAAGGUGUAUCUGAUUCACCGGAGGGACACAUUCCGAGCGAGCAAGAUCAUGCAGGCCCGGGCUUUGGGGAACCCUAAAAUCGAGGUGAUAUGGAACAGCUCGGUAGUGGAGGCGAAGGGGAACAAGAGGGGUUUGUUGGCGGAGCUGACGGUGAAGAACCUGGUAACAGGGGCGGAGUCGGGUUUGGAGGUGAGCGGGCUGUUCUUCGCAAUCGGCCACGAGCCUGCGUCGAAGUUUUUGGGGGGGCAAGUGGAGACGGAUGCAGACGGAUACAUCGUGACGAAGCCGGGGACGACUCAGACGAGUGUGAUGGGAGUGUUCGCUGCCGGGGACGUGCAAGACAAGAAGUACCGGCAAGCAAUCACAGCCGCAGGUACGGGGUGCAUGGCAGCAUUGGAGGCGGAGCACUAUCUGCAAGAGCACGGGAUGCAGGAAGGGAAGUCGGAGGACGAACCAGCCGAUCUGACGUCGAAUGGCACAGGAGAAGGGCCGUCGACAAUCGUGAAGCCACCGAUGGUAAUGGCCAACGGGUUGAGUCGGGUGUAGGUCCAGGUGAUGCAUUUUCGGGUAGGAUCGGGACAAGGAGGAGAGCAGUGAGUGCGGAGAAGGUUUCACAUUGAAAUCGAGGAUGAGCACAGCAGGAGAGAACGUCCUGGUAGGCGUAUUCCAGCGUCAAGGGACGGCAUGCCCAAUGGGACCUCCGGAUGACUACAGAUGUUACACUGUGAACGAGAGUUAAGUGGAAUGCUGUAAGCAACUGUGCAGUUGGUGGUGUUCACCCGCACUCGAGAGUGUAUUUGUGUGAAUCACAUGUUGCGUUGAGUCACGACAGGCACCUCUUCCGCUUUGGCAGCUUGUGAGGUGGGCGGGAGGAGAUUCAUAGAAUGUUGCCUGUCAUGGUCACUUGUACCUGGUGAUAUGUCUGGCUUGGUUGUCUUUUGUACCAUUUGAGUGUUUUGGUGAAUAGUGUCAUUGGAACUGAAGAUCUUUUAAUUUGUGUAGAUUAGUUAGUAAAUUUUAGAAUUUUUUCGAAGUCACUUUGCCCUAUUGAGGGAAAUAGUGUCGGAGCCUGGUAGUAGAUGUCUCGCAUUAUCACUCCAGUGCUGUCGAUUAUACUAAUUUCUUUUAUUCUUUUUCGAAACACUGAAGUGGAGAAAUUUUAGUGAUACUCAAAUUUGCACGUGACGCUUUGAGUCGUGACACGUUUGGCUUGUUA